GGGAAAUGUCAGCCUGGUGAGAUGGUGUGGCUCUCACAGGUGUACAAAUGUCGCUCGCAAAGUCAAUGAUGGAGGAUUUACAUUGAUGACACAUGGAGGGGAGAGUAUCUCGGAAUGUUGAUGGCUCCUCAGGAGUAUCAUGUCAUCAAUACAGUUGCAUGUCAGUGCCCCUGCUGGGCAACUGGGCCUGCCACUCCUUCACAUCCCACGGCAACGUUCCCAUCAGCUCCCCUCUCAGCCACUCAGCCUCUUGGAGUUCAUCGCCUGGCCAGACUCACUCAGGAGACACCCAAAGCAACCAGACCACUGGCAUGCACACCAGCAUCAGCGAGAUCCUGAAGGAGAAGAGCCUAAAGCCAUCCCGCCGCAGUCUGCCCUGCCUGGCCCAAAGUCAAACCCAUCCCCUCAACCUCAACCACUUUUUGUCCGUACCUCUGAGCCCGGAGCCCAAAGCCCGAGUGGAGGUUCUGAGUCAGAGCAUCAGCACCUCCUGCAGCCUCCUGCCUCCACAGACAGAGGAUGGCAAGGAUGACUACACGGAGGAGUCUGAGGCAACCGCAUGUGAAACCAGAAUAGACGGCUCACUUCUGCCCCGAAAACCUAGCACACGGGCCAGGCUUGAGGCCCGCAUCGAUUCCCUCAGGGGAAGAAACCCAUCAGAUGAAUCUGGGCUCUUUUUCCGCGAUGGUAAAAAGCGCAUCGACUACAUCCUGGUUUACAAGAAGUCCAGUCCACUGGUGGAGAAGAGGUGCACGUUCGAGAAGAAUUUACGUGCUCAGGGCUUAAUGCUGGAAAAGGAGCCUUCCUUGACAAACAAUGACAUCAUGUUUGUCAAAGUCCACACUCCCUGGGACACACUUUGUAAAUAUGCAGAGCAGAUGAACAUCCGGAUGCCUUUUAGGAAAAAAUCCCACUUUACAGACUGGAAAAGCAAAACCUUGGGCAGCCGCUUCCAUCUGAGAUGUCGUCAGAUCAAGAGCUGGUUUCCCAGAAAUCCCAUGAAGCUGGACAAAGAGGCAUUGCCUGACCUGGAGGAGACGGACUGCUACACUGCCCCCUUCAGUCGAGCACGCAUGCAUCACUUCACUAUAAACAACAGAGCGACCUUCUUCUCCAACUCGACCAGAAGCAGAAUAGUCCACCAUGUCCUGCAGCGCACAAAAUAUGAGGAUGGAAAGUUAAAAAUGGGUAUCAACCGGUUACUGGGCAACAACACGUACGAGGCGGCCUUUCCUCCACAUGAGGGAGGAUACAAGAGCAGGCAUCCUAUUAAGACGCAUGGUGCCCAGAACCACAGGCACCUGCUUUAUGAGCGGUGGGCCCGUUGGGGGAUGUGGUACAAGUACCAGCCUCUGGACCUCAUCAGGCGCUACUUUGGAGAGAAAAUCGGUCUUUACUUUGCAUGGUUGGGUUGGUAUACUGGCAUGUUGAUCCCCGCUGCUCUGGUCGGCGUCUUUGUCUUCCUCUAUGGACUCUUCACCAUGGACUCCAGCCAAGUCAGCAAAGAAAUUUGUGAAGCAAACACAACAAUGUGUCCAAUGUGUGAGGAGACGUGCAAGCCGUGGAAGCUGAGUGACAGCUGUGUCUAUGCAAAGGUGACCCAUCUUUUUGACAACGGUGGGACCGUUUUCUUCGCUAUCUUCAUGGCUAUUUGGGCCACUGUCUUCCUGGAGUUCUGGAAGAGAAGGAGGGCAGAAUUGACCUACGACUGGGAUCUCAUCGACUGGGAGGAGGAGGAGGAAGAGCUGCGGCCGCAGUUUGAAGCCAAAUAUUCUAGAAAGGAGAGAGUCAAUCCCAUAUCUGGCAAGCCUGAGCCUUUCCAGCCCUUCUCAGACAAACUCAGCCGGCUCAUGGUGUCUGUGUCCGGAAUAUUCUUCAUGAUUUCCCUGGUCCUGACCGCCGUGUUUGCCGUGGUGGUUUUCCGUCUCAUCGCCAUGGAGAAGUUUGCGUCGUUCAACUGGCAUUUUGUGAAAAAGAACUGGCAAUUUGCCACCUCUGGCACAGGCGUCUGCAUCAAUUUCAUGAUCAUCAUGUCUCUCAACGUGGUGUAUGAAAAGGUGGCCUAUCUGUUAACAAAUCUUGAGCACCCAAGGACAGAGUCUGAGUGGGAGAAUAGUUUUGCUCUCAAGAUGUUCCUCUUCCAGUUUGUAAACUUGAACAGCUCCACCUUCUACAUUGCAUUCUUCCUGGGAAGGUUUGCUGGCAGACCUGGAAAAUACAAUAAACUGUUUAAUCGGUGGCGACUGGAGGAGUGUCACCCAAGUGGCUGCUUGAUCGAUCUGUGCCUGCAAAUGGGUGUCAUCAUGUUUUUCAAACAAAUCUGGAAUAACUUCAUGGAGCUCGGUUAUCCGUUGCUGCAGAACUGGUGGUCUCGUAGGAAGAUGAAGAAAGGAGGCAGUGCUGGAGGGCCCAAUGUGGAGACUAAAAGUCAGCUACCUCAGUGGGAUAAAGACUGGAAUCUGCAGCCCAUGAACGCACACGGGCUAGUAGAUGAGUACCUUGAAAUGGUCCUCCAGUUUGGCUUUACCACUAUCUUCGUAGCCGCGUUCCCACUGGCUCCGCUUUUGGCUCUGCUCAACAACAUCAUCGAGAUCCGUCUGGAUGCGUACAAGUUUGUCACCCAGUGGCGAAGACCCAUGCCUGCCAGGGCCACAGACAUUGGUAUCUGGCACGGAAUCCUUGAAGGCAUUGGGGUCCUCGCCGUCAUCACCAACGCCUUCGUUAUUGCUAUCACCUCGGACUACAUCCCUCGCUUCGUGUAUGCCUUCAAAUACGGGCCCUGCAUGGACAGAGCGUACCGUCACGAUGAUGAGUGUUUGCGAGGCUACAUGAACAGCAGCCUGUCUGUGUUUGACAUGAGCGUACUAAAGAACAGCAGCGAGCCAGAGUACUGCAGGUACCGGGACUACAGAGCGCCACCUUGGAGCACGGUACCCUACGAGUUCACUCUGCAGUUCUGGCACGUUCUGGCUGCCAGACUGGCCUUCAUUAUCGUCUUUGAGCACCUGGUGUUUGGCAUCAAAUCCUUCAUCGCGUACCUCAUUCCGGACAUGCCCAAGGACCUGUGUGACCGAAUGCGCAGGGAGAAGUACCUCAUGCAGGAGAUGAUGUACGAGGCGGAGCUGGAGCACCUUCAGAAGGAGCGCAAGAAGAACGGACUGCGGUAUCACCACGAGUGGCCUUAAACUUUUUACCCUUCAUGUUUCCGCCAAAUGCCGUGCAGCCCUCCACUACCGCUUGCCUGCUUUUUUCUGGGGUUUAACAUUUAGCAGAUUCACCAAAGACUUCACAUACGACAACCCCCCGCCCCUUAUACACACACAUACAAAAGCUGCUUCACCGUGAACACUCCCUCCCUCGCCAUCUGUUGCAGAAUUGGCGCCGCUCUUGUGUUCCGAUUCCCUCCGCGAUCCGCCGUCUGCCCCCCAUCCCUGCUGUGUGUCAUGGCCUCACUGUAAUGUUUACUAUGCAGAUGAAGGGCUGCAGCGGUUUCACUUGGUCAGCCAUCUUGCACUCUCUCUCUCCUUCUGUGUGGCAGCUAGCACUCUAUCUCAGGGGUCCCCAACGACCGGGCUGCGGACCGGUACUGGUCCGUGGCGCAUUUGGUACCGGGCCGCGCAGAAAUAAUAAAUAAUUUAUUAACAACUGCGUUCUGGCCGAUUGACUUUGGCCUGUGCCGCUUAACACACCAAUAUCCUUGUCUACUCUAGAUAUACAACUACAGAAGGGGAGGUCGUCAUAGAAAUGCAUUGAUUGGAAUGUUAGCAGUACAUCUUGUUUUGUAUAUCUAUGUGCGCUUGGCCUCGAUAAUAACGUAUGACGUAGGUCGUCGCGCAUCACAUUUGUUCCCGGUAAUAAUUAGCCCCCACACUAGAAUGACUGAAAAACAGACAUCUUUGGAGAGAUUUUUUUACGGGGAAAAGGGAACCUCACGAGCCAGAAGAUUAGCCUAGAACCUCGAAGAAAACAAAAUCUAUGCUACUUCCCAAUCACUAAAGACCCACGAACUGCGAAGCAGUGGAUUUGUGACCCGUAUGUGAAUAAACCGAGUGAUUCGUGCAUGUCUGUGCAUCAGCUUGUAGAGAUUGCAAAUCACGGCGACCUUAACCGUACAUAUGAGACAACAACUCUACCGAGGUUCUGGAUUAAAGUCAUUUCGGAAUAUCCUGACAUCGCUAGGAGAGCACUGAAACAAACGAAACAAGCUCAAGCCUCCCACUGAUUCAGCGGGUGAGUUGUAUUUUCCCUGCACUUAACACGACAGGUCUGAAAACAAAUGUUAUUUUAUAUUUGCUGUAUUUUCUGCCGCACAUUGCCAGUGUUCUGACAAAUUUGGUAUGCGCGUAAUGUUAAAAAUGACCGCGAAUGCAGCGAUUCAAAAGUACACACUACAAACUUUCUUUAAAGAAAGGAAUAUUUACUUAAGUUUGCCAUGUUAGCUGCAGACAACAACUGCACGCAGCUCUGUCACAUAAGGACUUCAUCGUGUCGUUAAGCAUUAAUUCACGCCAUUUUUGUGUUGCACAUGUAUGUCUAUGAUGUAAAUAGUUUUUUUGCAGCGUUGGAUAACACAGAGUCCAACUGAAUAUAAAAGAGGGCUUUUUUGACCGCCACAAAAGCUUUGGGAGCAAAAUUUUAUUCAUUUAUUUUGCAAAAUUUGACAGAACACCCGUCCGUGAAAAAAAGACCCAAAUCACACUGGUCCGUGGUGCAAAAAAGGUUGGGGACCCCUGCUCUAUCUGCAUGUGUUCAGUUUUCAGAACCAUGCUGGUUCCCGCUCAUUUUGUGAUCGUGAUCACAAGUUGAACGGAAGACGUUUUUGCAAAGUAACUAUGGGCUACGUUCACACUGGAUUAUGAUUUCUUUGUUUUGUUCUGUUUCAAAAUGUGGCACAUCUGAAUUUUUUUAAAAUGUACAAUUACAAUGUAUUCAUGUUUUUUGUUCGUGUGUGGAUGUAAUUUGGGUAUUUAUUAGCUGAGAGGUCCGUGUGGAUGCUAGCCUUGCGCACAUUCGACCGAUAAAUCAUCAGAAAGCAACAUAUUUUCCAAUUGUUCGACAAAACACACCAAAAGCAAAAGUGGACCAUCGAUCCAAAUUUGGCAAUGGAGAAAAGAUUAAUUCAUUCAUUCAUUUUCCGAGCCGCAUACUAAUCGGCUGCCAUUGAUGGCGCUAGAGGUCCAAUCCAUUUUGACUGGGAGUGCUCGCGGUGAUCAUUCGCUGCCAGCCAGUCCUCCCAGUUUCUAUAAAUUGUAUCAUUUAGCUGGACACAAUUUUGUGCAUGUUAUGAAUCGCAUUUGUUUUUGUUGUGCCGCAAAUUAUGAAAAUCAUUUUUAGCAGAAACCAAAAAAAAAUCCAAAAUAACGCAUUGGCUGCAAUUGAUGGCAAUGGAAGUCCAAUCCAUUUUGACUGGGGGGGGCUGGUUGGCUAAUUCGCAGCCAGCCCCUCCCAGUCAAAAUGGAUUGGAUGUCUAUCAUAGGUGUUUAUAAUAUGAUUUUUUUACUAAAUGCCACAACACAAACUCUGUGAAUAUCUAAUAAUAACAGAUUAUUUACUUCCACCACUUAAAAUGGAUUGGACAUCUAUUACCGUGAAUGGCAGUCAAUGAGUUGAGCAACAUCCCCUGCCGUGUAAACGUAGCCUACCUCGCCCUUGGAGCAUGCUGAAUCCUUUUUGUUGCAAAAUGUACAGUACUUUGUAAAACAACAGCACUUAUCAUGAAGAUUUAGCAAAGGCAGCCCAGAAAGUGCAUGGUGUAGUUGUCACGUCCCUUCUUGGUGCCUGGUUUGCGUGUCAGCGUGAGCUGCCUGUGUGUUUCUUGUGUUACUGCUAAGCUGGACUGCCUCGAGUUGGUGCGAUGUGAACUUUUUCGCGAUAUGAUUGUGCCUACAGUUGUGCGCCGACAUCACGUGUGCCUGUUUGUGCUGCACGUGUGCUUUCAAGUGCAACGAGUCCUCUCUCUCUUAACUCUUCUGCCCAAGAACUUUGUAGACUCUCCUGAGUGGGUUUGUUUUGGACUUUAGUCAGACACACUUAGGUACCCACUGUGGUCUAAUGGCUCUAAAACAACAGCGUUUGUUGUAAUGUAACUCCCAUUAUGAUCGACGUUUAGCUGCUUUUCCCCCUUUCUACGCUCAUGGCCUGUUUUUCAUUUGUUAUUGGAAGGGCUGAAGUAUGGUUAAAAGUUGGAUCGUUUGGACAUACCUGUGGCUUGGAUGUUCACUGCGCAGAGAACGCCGAUUCGCUCUUGCUCACUCACAAAAAAAAAGCACUUACACAUUCAUUCUCCAGUAAAGAACAUCAGCCAGCUGCGGUUUGAGCUCCGCUGUGUUCGUAAUUGUUUUAAAGUUUCGAAAUUCAAGCGCUUCAAAGGAAAGCUGUUGGUCAUGGACUGACACAUUUGGAGGCAAAACCACAAGUGCUCGUUACAAACAAGAAUAUACCGUCCAAUUUCCAGUCAGAAUAUGUUAAUAUGCUCAUGAGUCAAAAUACAAGACAGUCAAAAGAGUAAGAAAUAACUCAGUAACUAUAGUAUGUCAGGUUUUCAAGGUUGGGCGGGGAUUGUCUAAGAUUGAUUCUCCUCCCAAGCCAAGUUUACAAUCAAGUUGUGAAAGUCCGCUGGAAGUACAAACCAAUUGUGGGCGCUUUGACGCCCCAUUUCUGAUUUGGAAAAUAUGGACAUAACAAUAUCUCUCAUGAGUAGGUUGUCAUUGCCGGAAAUCAUUACUUAAAGGGAAUGAGAGGAGUUGCUUUGAUUGGCCGUGACUGAUAUGGGAUAUGAUCUCGAGAGAGCUAAGAUCUGGCGGCCUCUGAUUGUACAAUUAUGUUAACUACUACCUUACAAAGAACUUAGUCUCUAUUCCACUCCAAAACUUUUAAUUGUUAAUAUAUUCUAUCUCAGUAAAACUGAACGUCGAUGGCCUUGUUCCAUUUAAAGCAGUGAAGCAUAACAAAAGAUACACUCGUAAUAUUAUCAAAGAUUCAAUCACGAUCACCCGGCCAGUCAAACAAUAUUUUUGCUACUUUAAAGACUUUUCUGUUUUGUUAUUUCUGGUGUUAUGGGUAAAAUAUUUCCAUUUUGACUGGCCAAGAGACAGGAAUAGAUUAGUUUUUUUUUUUGUUUGUUUUUUUUUUUUUUUUACUUCACAGUGUUUAAUGACAGCUAUGUUGAAACAGUUAAUCCGUUAUACGGUGUUCAUUUUUAGUAAGUAACUUACUGGUUACCACUGAAGGUGUUAGAUGUCCAAUUCAUUUUGACUGAGGGCUGACAGCGAUUAUUCACCUUUAAAUAUACUUGAUCAAGAUUAGCACAUGUAAGACUUUUUAACUCUUUGGCUGUCAUUGAGAUCGCAAAAUGUCCAAUCUGUUUUGACUGGGAGGGGGCCAAUGAACGAAUGUUUACUCGCCCCUUCCAGUCAAAACGCCAUCACUAGCGCUAAAACAUUAGCAUUCACAGCCAUCCUCCCAGUUUAAAUGAAUUGGACAAGUAAUCUAGCGUUGUCAUUGGCAGGCAAUGAGUUGAUACAGUGAUCCCUCGCUAAUUCGCGCUUCAAACUUAGCACCCUGCGUCCAUCGCGGAUUCUUUUUUUCUUUCAAUUAAAAAAAAAAAAAAAAAAUACAGAUGAGCUGUCCUGAGCCAAUAGCGUAGACUCACUCUCGCUUCCUCUCUUGCUCUCCCUUCUCUUUGUUCAUCAGGCCGUGCACUGGAUUUGCAUAUCAAAGUUAACGAUGUUGACGGAUGUUUGGGUUUGAUCUUGCCACUGAUGGUUGUAAGCCAAAGCACCGCAUGCAUCAAUCAUCGUUUGUUAAACAGUUGCUGUGGCAACUCAUUGUAAGUAAGUGAGACGCUUGAGCGGAUUUGAGUGGACUCGUUUAAUAAAGCAUUUAACAAAGCCAAGCAUUCUUCUAAUACUUUAUUCUUGUUUAAAAAUAAUUCGGUGGCACAGUAACAUGUUUGAAACUUAUCAUAAUUAUUACAUUUGAAAGCUUAAAAACCAGUGAUUAAAAUGUAUAUAUACUUAUUUUUAAUUAUACUUUGGGGAAAAAGUGAAAAAAAACAUGUCUUAUACGACUCCCUUUUCUAUGCUAAAUCUGGAUACAUACAUUGAACACAAGCAAAAUAAAUAUACUUGAAAAUACUUUUGGGGGGCUGCACUACUUUGCGGUUGUUUACUUAUCACGGCGGGUCCUCGUCUCCAUUAACCGCGAAAAACGAGGGAUCACUGUAGUAAUUAUUUUCUUGUGAAUUCUUUUUUUUUUUUUUUUAGCAACUUUUUUUUUUUUUUUUCAAAUUAAAAAAAUCUAAAAUAGGGAAAAACCUGUUCUCUUGUUGUAUUUUUUAAAUUAAUAGGUUAAAUAGAAUAGGUGUUUUUUAAAAUUGAUUUUGUUUAUUUUAAAAACAAAAAGGAAUUUUAAAAAAUGUUAUUUAUUAAUAAUGGUAUUUAUUAUUUCUCAUCAGAAUGUCAUUCCAGGCUAUGAUUAGUGUCUUUCUGUUUUCUCAUAAUUUUGUUUUAAGAUGAUUAAUUUAGAAUUUAUUCUGGAAAAAAAAUAUUUUAAAAAAAAUAUUUUUUUUUGUAAAUUAGAUUAUUGAGACCUAGCGUUUACAUAUGUCGGCAUCACAUUAUGUGUCAUGUAGGCCACAUUAUUAACAUUUGGUAUACUUUGUUGUACAAGUGUGCAAUAGUACAAUCAUAGACUUCAUAAUUUGUGAAGUCUAUGGUACAAUAUUAACAUUUGGGAGAGUAAAAGUGCGGCCCACAUGAAUCCCCGUCAACCUACUGUUACGGACCCAUUGUGUUAUUCCCCCUUUUACUUCGAUCGCGUGUAUUUAUGUUUGUAUUUAAUACACCCCUUAACGCAUCCCUCCGUUGUUUUCUGCUAUGGGGUAAAACCUUGUUUCUGCAGUAGCGGACCCUUACACUGGCAACAAAAUAAACCACACAUUUCCAAAGAUAGACGACGGACUCACUUCCUCGGCACUGCUAUCCCGUAGCAUUUAAUAUUGUUAUGUUUUCAGUUUAAUUUAGCUAUUUCCAUCUUGCUAUGUUGAUAAUUGCGAUGUUUGUUUACUGCUUUUUGUCUUACUGUAAAGAAAGGGAAAGUGACGAUCGCCCAGCCAUGAUAUUUAUGUCAUCAGCCAUCGUGCUGUGACCCGGGAAUUUAACGCCAGCUUUCACGCAUAUCUCUUCCCGGGAAAGUCCCUUAAAUUAUACUAAGACGCGACCAGUGAAAUCUCCGCGUCAUCUCCGUUUCAGUCGACCCCGGAAUUGUGUUCACAUACAAGGGCUGCACGUUUAAAUUCCGCGAUUUUCCCAGUGUUUCGGCGUGUGUGAAAAGGGCUAAAAUGUGAUGUCUACAUUUGUGAAUACUGGGUCUUUAUGAGGUCAGUUUUUUUUAUUUGUUGUUUGUUUGUUGGUUUAUUUGCUUUUAAUUACCAAAAAUAGUGACUUGCCCUAUAGUGUUAAGAACAGAUGAUUCUAGAUAUUUAGAAGAAAAAAAUGUAUAAAUGUCACAUUAAAACAAACCUAACUAGGAAUACAAAGUAAAUCAUUGAUGCUUUAUCAAUACCGUUGGGAAUUUUUUUUUUUUUUAAUCUUCCUUUUUUAGUGUUAAUUCAAAUCAUGUUGCCAUUUUAUGUAUGAAUAAUCGUAAAGUAGACUGACUACAGUAUAUUUGUUUUGUUAUUGAGUUUUUGCUGCUUUUACUCACAUUCAGAUGUCCCGUCUGCAUUUCUCAGGUGUCCUCUGAAUGUUUGCUGGUGAUCAAACAUUUUCAAUCACAUUUUGUUCAAUCAAAUGAUGCACCCAUAAAAUGCAUGUUUGUUUUUUUUUGGGGUUUUUUUUGGUUCAGAUUCCUUUGGACAUUUAAUGUCUACUCUGGGGGGGAAAAAAACAACAACAACAACUAACAUAGCUUUCAUGCUAUCCUUCUAUCAGUUCCAUUUAUUGAUUUUUUUUUUUUUUUAUUCAGUGGGAAGAGACUCUAGCAGUCAUUAGGAAGCAGUCCGGGUUCCCUGCUAUGUGAAAAUUGAAAAUCUAUGCAUGCUGUAAUCCUUGUACAGUCCAGUUUGCAUGAGUUUAGUGCCUCCUUUGAGCAGCGCCGACGUCAAUAAGUUUGUCUUAAACAUAUCAAAAACACAUCUUUUUUAGGAAACUCAGAAAAGAUUUACUGUAUGUUUGGUGAAGGAACUGAAUUUUAUACAGCAUCAAUAUAGUUUCAAGAUUUGAAAAAAAAAAAAAAAAAAAAGAAUGAAAA